UAGAUUUUUUUCUCGUUGCUUAAAAGAUUAAGUGGACAUUUUAGAUAAGGUUCGAGCUUAAAUUAAUAAGAUGGAAGUUGAUGUAGCAGAUAUAAAAAGACAUAAUAGUUUCACAAGUCCGAAUAUAAGACGAGCACCAAUAUCAAAGAGGGUAGGAAGGGAACGUUGUCACAGUUACCAUGCACAAGAAUGUAAGAAACCAGAUUCUCGAUUACAACCAGCAAAAAUGUCGUUUAGAGUGGUUCGUAGUUCAAAAUUCCGCCACGUUUAUGGGCAAGCCCUGAAAAGGGAACAGUGUUAUGAUAACAUCAGAGUAUCCAAGAGUUCGUGGGACUCUACGUUUUGUGCAGUGAACCCCAAAUUUCUGGCUAUCAUCGUUGAAUCUGCUGGUGGAGGCGCCUUCAUAGUCUUACCUCACAAUAAGGUCGGGCGCAUCCCCGCCGAUCACCCGCUGGUGGGUGGACACAAGGGUCCCGUACUUGACAUCGCGUGGUGUCCCCACAACGACAAUGUCAUCGCUAGCGGCUCUGAAGACUGCGUUGUUAAAGUGUGGCAGAUCCCGGACGGUGGGCUUUCCCGUACACUGACAGAGCCAGUGGUGGAUCUAGUGUACCAUCAGCGACGCGUCGGCCUCGUGCUGUGGCAUCCGACAGCACAGAAUGUGUUACUCACAGCGGGUUCUGAUAACCAGAUAGCGAUAUGGAACGUGGGUACGGGGGAAGUGCUGAUAAGCCUGGACUGUCAUCCGGACCUCAUCUACUCCGCCUGCUGGAACUGGACUGGUUCCAAGCUCCUCACCACCUGCCGAGACAAGAAGAUUAGAAUAAUCGAUCCUCGCAAAGGUGAAGUCGAAUCGGAAGCGAUUGCACAUGAAGGCAGCAAGGCGUCCCGCGCUAUAUUCCUUAAACAUGGUCUCGUUUUCACUACUGGGUUCAGCCGCAUGUCGGAGCGCCAGUACUCGUUGCGCACGCCGGACGCGCUCAACGAGCCCAUCGUGACCGUGGAGAUCGACACCAGCAACGGAGUCAUGUUCCCGCUCUACGACCCCGACACCAACCUCAUCUACCUCUGCGGGAAAGGCGACUCCGUCAUUAGGUACUUCGAGGUGACUCCCGAGCCACCCUUCGUGCACUACAUCAACACUUUCCAGACGCCUGAUCCACAGAGAGGUAUUGGCAUGAUGCCGAAGCGAGGCUGCGACGUGGCUACGUGUGAGAUCGCAAAGUUCUACCGCCUUAACAACUCCGGCCUGUGUCAGGUGAUCUCGAUGACGGUUCCGCGAAAGUCGGAGCUGUUCCAGGAGGACCUGUACCCCGACACGCUGAGCGACGAGGCCAGCCUCACCGCGGACGAGUGGCUCGCGGGCGAGGACGCGGAGCCCUGCACUAUGUCACUUAAGGAGCGCGCGCUGCUUGUGCAGGGCGGGUACGUGGCCGGGCGCUCCACCACGCUCACCGUCACCAAGCGGAACGCGCUGGCCACGCCGCGCGACCGCGAGCGCGACAAGGAGCCCGAGCGCUCGCCCACGCCGGCCGCGCGCGACAGCCACGCCGCCACGCCCGCCUCCGCCACGCCGCCGCCCGCCUUCACCGCCAUGGUGGAGAAGCAGUUGUCCGACCUAGUCGAGGAGAUCCGCAAGCUGAAGUCCGUGAUCGUAAAGCAGGAAAACCGUAUCCGUGCGCUGGAGGCGACAGUGAAGGCGGGCCUGGCGCCCCCCGCACCUUCGCCGCCCGCCCCCUCCCCGCCCUCGCCCCCUAACAACCACGACGACGCCAUGGCGCCGGACGAGGUUUGAGUCCGCAUCGAACAAAUGAUUGCCAGCAGAAUGUGAAACGUGUGCGAUAUAGACCAAUUUUUUACAACUUCUGAUUUUUUUUUAAUUUUGAGUCGAAUUGUGUAUAGAUAAGAGUCGAUGUGAAUGUUUUUUUUAUUUAUUGGCUUUGUAUUUGUUAUUUUGAUUUUUGGAAUUGAGAAUAUUGUUUAUAGAAAAAAAAAUUUAAAUGAAGAAGUUCCAACCAUAAUAAUAUAAUAAUGUAAAUGUUGAUUUAAUUCAAAGAUGAAUAAGUGCGAUUGAUUAUAAAUUAAUAGAUUUGCUUUAAAAAAAUCUUACACAAUUCGCUGUCAUAUAUAGAAAACUACAUUUUAAACGUUUGGCCAAAAAAUAACUGUUUCGUUUUAAACUAAUUAAACAGACGAAACUUUUAUACGAAUAGAGAAGGGAUGACGGUUUUCUUUUCAAUGUAGGAACUAUACUAUUCACACUAUUAUAUUGGUAACAAGUGCAUGCCACAUGCAAAAAUAACACCAUGAUAAUUAUAUAACAAAUUUUAUAAAUAAUAUUAACUGCUUCCAACUAAAUCGUUGACUUUGCUAGUAAAAUAUUGAACUACUGUUGAUUAUGGCAUGUGGCAAUGCUACGCACAAUGAUAAUAAAUAUAUAUAAUAAGAAUAGAAUUUGUGAUGUCAAUAUUUAUAUAUAUAAUAUUAAUAAUAUUUAUCUACUAAUAAUUACAGCUUAUCUUUGAUAAAUUCUAUCUUCAAAACAACUUUUAGGAAACCUUUGUCUUUAUAAAUCAUUUAUUUAUUACAUUGUAAAUAUUAAGUGAAUAGUGAUAUCAACAUUGUGCCUUAUAUCGACGCAGUUUACGUCACGAAAUCGGAUUUAUAAUUAUUGGUGAUGUACAAUUAUUGCAUUUAGUCAUUUACUCAAUAUAGAAGAGUGAUUUAACGUUAAUGUUUAUCGAGACGCGUGCGCACUUUUGUAUAUUCGUAAUAAAUUUAUUUUAUUAUUAAAAAGUGUGUAUUAUCCUUCAGAUAAUUAAUAUGACAAUAAAUUUGAAAAAAUCAAGUAUCCUAUCAACUUUUCAUCUAGCUAUUAAUGCUGAAGCAAUAUGCUAUAUUUAUUUAUUUUACUUUUUUUUUUAAAGAAAUUUAGUAUACUUUCAUGUAAAAAUAUGAAACAAGAUGACGCCUAUUGAGUCGACAAUGAAUCUUUGAAAUUGGAAAAUUAAAAAAUUUUAAAAAUUUCUUUGUUAAUUUUCACGGCAUCUUGUGCCAUAUUUGAGUUAAAUGCAGAAUUAUAGUACGAAACCACCCAUCGCGAAGCACUGCGAGAGGUUUAAUUGACAUUUUCACAUAAUUAAAAAAAAAAAAAUUAUAAUAAUGAGCAAAUUAUAGUUAAAUAUAAAAUUCUCGAUUAUUUUAUCAAAUAUGUGAAGAUCUCGCGCGGUGUAUUCCCUGCUUUAGGUUAGGAGUCCAGUAACGGUGCUUAUAGAUUCGAAAAUCGCUUUAAAAUAAUUACUGACUCAGUGCAUUAUUUAUCGUAUUAGUGCUAGUUAGUUAACUCCAUACUAACAUUUAAAAUAUUUUUAUAGUGCUACCCUCCUCACAUUUAAAAGGUUAAUUAUCUAUAUAUAUACUGCUUGCGUAUUUGGCCAACAUUGGCUCAAAUUUAGCUUGUAACUUUUUAUAUUUUCGACAAUUUUAGCGAUUCAUAUUUUUCACAUUAGAUUAUUAAGAAAACACAUUGUUAUGAUAAAGCGAAGUGGCCUUUAAUUUCAAACGUUUUUAACACAAAAUCCCGUGGACCGUUGUGACCCUUGCGGUCAUAACUCGGUGUAUUUGACAGCUAGUCACGUCACAUUAAAUUGACAUUUGACAGGUUAAGUUAUGCUGUCUCACUCUGGGCAGCAAGUAUUAUAGUUUAAAUAAAUAGUAUUAUUAUUAUGACGAUUCUUUUUUUCUAAUUUUAAGAUGGCGUAAUUUUAGAUGUUCUAUAUUUAAGAUCAUGACAAGGCAGUGUAUGGUAUUAGUUUGUAUGAAAUGCUUUACCUUCAAGGACUUCGUGUAAAUUAUUUCUUGUAUUUUGUAUGUGAAGCUUCGUUUUAUAUUACUAUUAUGUUUUUUUUUCUUUUGCCUAACCGCGUAUUUAAACGCAGGAAUAAUGAGCUAUUGUGUACUUAUUGUAACUGUUAUUCGCGACAAUACUGUAUAAUGCCGUUUAGUUAAUGUAUUUUGUUCAUAAAUGGCAAUAUGUAAAACGUUUGUGAUAAAAAAAAAAGAAAAAAACAUAAAGUGCCAAAUUACAUUUAUUCAGUGCUCAAAUUGGUAAAAUAUUCAUAUUAAUUUAAAAAUUGAUAGAUUUAAAUAUUGCCAGUUAACAAAAUUAUUUUGAAAUAUAAUCGAAUAAGGCCUGUCGCUUUUAUACUAAAUGAAAAUGACCAUUAUUUUUCGUACAUACAGACGAAAUGUCGUGUAAAUAUAAGCCGUUUUUAAUAAAAUGUGGUCAUUAUUGAAAAUAGUAAAAUAUUAGCGCACAAUAUCGAAAUUAUAUUUGAAAAUUUUAAUGUUUACAUUUAAUAGAUAAAAUGUAUAUGAUUGAUAAAUAAUAAUAAAUUCAAUAUCCCGAUGUUAUGAUAAUUAAUAAAUUAGUUGUUGACAUUUAAAACAUCACAAAUUAUAUAUUACAAUAUUUCUCAACUAAAGAAGCGAUUCUAUACUGGAACUUCUUACUUCUCAAUUUAUUAGAGGUAUAUGUCUCACUAUGUAAUAAAAUCUUUCGAUAAUUUGUUGUUAUUUGACUUGUUUUAAUAAGCUUAACGUUUUUUCGAACUGGUGCUAAAUGAAACGUGCUAAAUAUUUACAUGAGUUUUUAAUCCUGUUUUCAUUGACAGAGUAAUUCUUUUCUAUAACAAUAUUUAAAAAAAAUGUCGCAGAUCAAAGUAUAAUGACAUUUUCAAACAAUAUAAAUAAAACGUUUGAGUUAUAUUCUGUCAAUGAAGUGAAUCAUUACUGUUAUUAAUGCUUCGUAAAGGACAAUACGAUUGUAAUUCAUAAGUAGGUGUUAAGUGCCUUGUUGUGUUAGAUAAAUACUCAGAUCAAAUGUUGCAAUUAUGAAAGUUGAACAGAAAUAAAUGUCUAUUUUACUAUUUUCA